UACCAACAACGAUGUUGGGCUUGCUGCUGGCCGAAACUAAACAAGACAUUUGGGCUAAUAUAAGGCCCAAGAUUAGGUAGUGAAACUUUUGUGAUAUUGGUUUCCUCUUUCCUGCUUGCCAGCCGACUGCCCUGAACUAGUUGAGUUUUGCCCUCUUUCCGCUGAUCUACCACCGUCGUUUCCUUUCGGCGCUCCGCUUCCGGCGAUCCUUGGCCAUCCACCUGCCGAUACCACAGGCCGCAUUCUUCGAAACUGCUGCUUAAGAGGUGACCUCCGAGCUAAGAGGGUCGGAAUUAGAGGGCAAGAAUGGCUGCGGCAGCCUCUUUCAGGUGGAUUCUGCAACUUCACAAGGAUGUGCCCAAGGCUGCUCGUUUCUACUCCGAAGGUCUAGAUUUCAUGGUCAAUGUGUGCACUCUACGGUGGGCUGAACUUCAUUCCGGGCCUCUGAAGCUCGGCCUCAUGCAAUCUACCGAUGACCAUGUUCUGCAGAAGGGGUAUUCUUCUUUGCUAUCAUUUACAGUCACUGAUAUCAACAGCACUGUGACAAAGCUGAUGGCUUUAGGCGCAGAGCUAGAUGGACCCAUCAAGUAUGAAAUUCAUGGAAAGGUAGCAGCCAUGCGUUGUAUGGACGGCCAUGUCUUGGGGCUUUAUGAACCAGCAUAAAAGGGUCUACAAAGGAAAGAAUAAAGUAGUCAAAUUUGAUGCCAAGUGUGGGGUAAUUGCUGCCGACUUGCUGCUGGCUGGCGGGUUUUGUUCUUAUUGCAAAGUCUUGGAAUCUGCUGAAGACACGGGAGAUUUCUCCAUGGUUUGGGUUUCCUUUGAUUAUUGAUAGCGUUUGUUGAUCAAGAUCUAUAAUUGGUGUGCAUAGGGUGUAUAGAGUUGGACCUGGAAUUAAGGCAAAGCUGUGAGAUGGACAGGUGAAAUGAUUGAAUAGAGAGCACAAAGGCCCAGCAUUUCCAUUUUGUUGACCUACAAUUCAUGUAAAUGGGGUAUCCUUUGUCCCCUGUAUCUCCUAGAAUUGACAGGAAAUCCUCCUUUGGUCUUUUCUAAAGAACAGCAGCUCUUUCUUGCCUGCUUUUUGAGUUGUCAUCUUGUGCUUAUGCUGAUGAAAUGAUUCAAUAACAGUUUUUGUGGUAGAAAAAUCUCAUUGACCUUUCGCAGUUCAUCACCUGAACUACUUGAAGGUGGAGAUAUAUAUUUGCAUGAAAGAAUGGUGUUGUUUCAACCCCGUGAACUGAAACCCGUUUUCUCGAGGCUGUUUCAACCUCCAAAUUCUAAUAUCUUUCUAUCUGGCAUGUAGAUGAGAAUGUAGCAGUGCCCUUCUGAAACUUCACAUGAAUGAUUUCUCUGCAGAAAGAAAAGUUGAACUCUUUACUUAAACCUCUGUAAUGACGAAUCACAGUGAAAAUGACAGUAUUUUCAAUCCACCAAUCUAAUCCAUUUGCCAUUUAUAAUAUUAAGGGGUCGUUUGGAAGUUGAGAUUCUUCAAAUAUGUGUAUUUGAUGAAUACAUGUAAUGUAAAUACAAAGAUUGUAAUAAUUAGAUGAUUGAAAGAAUGUCUUGUUUGUUUGUAGUCAUUCAAAAAUUUUAAAGAAAAUAAAAAAAUCACUUUAUGAGCUAAAAGUGGAACAAAUUAAAGGCCACAAUCUCAAGGAAAGAAUCUCACCUCUUUGUUGAGAUUUAAAAUAAGUGAUUUGUGGGUGAUAAGAGAUUUGAGGGUCCACUUCAAAUGCAUGUAUUGAAUAAAGUUUUAGAACAAAAAACGAUGAAUUCUCCAGAAAAGAUGAAUUCAAAGAAUCAUUCAUUUAGAAUCAUAACUCCCAAACCAACCCUAAGUAAAUUCUGACGUAUUUACCCAUUCAACAACCGAACCGGGGCCAGCCCAAUGGCACAUGAAGUGUUUUUGGUGGGCAAGUUGAGGGGUUUACUUUGGUGAUGUGAUUUCUAUGGUUGGUGAUAUGGUGGACAAGUAUAAUCCAAGAGGGGUAGGAUACCAAACAGUGAUGCAGAGAAGAAAUGAAGGCACUUUGUUGGGCAUCCAAGUAAAAUGCAGUGUUUCCAGGAACCACUGGGGAAUUGGAGGGACCUGGAAACAAUAUAUAUGCAUGUAAUGUACUAUUAGCUGCUGGAAUGGAGGGGAGGGGAAGGGAAGGAAGACUGAACUCCUCUUUGAUAUGUGUUCAUGAUAUGACUUACUUCAUUUCAUUUCAUCCCUUUUCUCUUUCUUUUCGCCAUAAUUAGGGUUUUGAUGGGUGGAGGGGAGGAGAGAGCAGAGCACUACAAUUUGCCUGUUUAGUGCUUGGAGAGAUAUGUGGAGAUCUCUUCAAAGUUCAAACAUCUCAUAUGCAAUUAUGAAGCAUUUUUUUUCUUCCACCCCCAGCUAUGUGUUCCUAAGGCAUUGCAAAGCCUAAGAUACUUUUCUUUUUAAAAUUUUGAAAUACUGGAUUGAUUUCAUUAACCGUUAGUUACAGGCUUGACCUGUUACAUGUGAUGAGAAAUCAGAUCAAGAAUGUAAACUCGUGUCAUUGGGAAGCAUCUCGCUAAGUCAAUUACUAAUGAAUUAUUACCUUCUUU